GGCUUUUGUGCACUCCGGAUACUUUUGUAGCUGAAACAUUUGUGAAUGUGGCAGCAAAGAGACAGGGAGGGGUAGACCGGGUAUUGUCGUUUUAGAUAUAGGGAUUAUAUAGUUAGUCUCACUUUAUGUGUUACUAUUUAGGACCAAAAACGCGAAAGAGUUACGGUGAAGACGUUUGUUUGGAUUAUUGUCUAACGGCGAGGAUAAAGAAAACAUGGGGCGAUAGGGCAGCAGAAAUGAUUCUCUGGUAGGAUUCUUAGUGUAUUUAUUUAUUUAUUUUCCUAUUUUUCCCCAAUUCGUAUUUCUUCUCCACGCCGUGGGACAACCGCGGGACUGCGGGUUGUGAGGAUGGACCAGGCAAGCAUCCUACGAAAGUUCAUCCAAGGGGUCCAAGCUAUGCGAACUGGAGACCAGAAAGGAGAAGAUAACUUUGGCGGUGACUUCAUGAGAUUACGGAGGCUGUCCACCAAAUACAGGACGGAGAAGAUCUACCCCACCAACACGGGCGAGAAGGAGGAGAACGUGAAAAAGAACAGAUACAAAGACAUACUGCCAUUUGACCACACUCGGGUAAAGCUGACGUUGAAAACCACCAAUCAGGACACAGAUUAUGUCAAUGCCAACUUUAUCAAGGGCAUUGAUGGUCCUGAAGCCUACAUUGCCACCCAGGGUCCUCUACCCAACACUGUGCUCGAUUUCUGGAGGAUGAACUGGGAGUAUAACGUAGCGGUCAUCGUGAUGGCCUGUCGAGAGUUUGAGAUGGGAAGGAAAAAGUGUGAGAGGUACUUUCCUCUGGUAGGAGAGGAGCCCAUGUCCUUCGGCCCGUUCACAGUCUCCUGUGAAUCGGAGCAGGCCAGGACAGACUACUUCAUCAGGACCCUGGCUGUGGAGAAUGAGAGUGACACUAGAAGGAUAACACAGUUUCAUUACAUGAACUGGCCCGACCACGAUGUUCCCUCCUCCUUCGACUCCAUCCUCGACAUGAUUGGUCUGAUGAGGGAGUACCAAGAGAACGACCAUGUCCCCAUCUGCAUUCACUGCAGCGCUGGUUGUGGAAGGACGGGUGCUAUCUGUGCUAUAGACUACACAUGGAACCUUCUCAAAGCUGGGAAGAUUCCAGAAGACUUCAAUGUGUUCCGGUUGAUUCAGGAGAUGAGGACGCAGAGGCACUCUGCUGUUCAGACCAAGGAGCAGUAUGAGUUGGUCCACAGAGCCAUCGCCCAGCUGUUUGAGAAACAGCUGCUCCUCCUGGAAGGCCCUGCCAACUCAGAGAUACCAGACGGCAUGGAUGAGAGCAGCCCAGAAAAAUCAAGCCACCAAUCAGACGAAGAGAGGUGGACACCCCGCCCCCUAAGCCACCCCGCAUACGCAGGUACUGUGUGUGUGUGUUGUUAUGUCUAGUCUUCUCUAAAGUCA